AUGGAGGAUAAAAUUCGGCUCCUUUCUCCUACCCUUCCAAGCCACAUUGACGACCUCCAAAUUCCUGGCACCACUAUCAUCUAUCCUAGUGGGGCUGAGCUCAGGGAACUCGAUGAGAUCCUCGGUGUUGGUAAAGGCUCCCUUAGAAGGCAUCAGGCUACGCUCAGUGGUGAAGAGCUAGGCGGAAACCUCGGUGAGCUAGCUGAUCUCAAAGGCUAG